AUUCAGCUGAGAUAGUGCGAAUAUUUACCCUCUUAGAGGAGCAGAAUUACAGUGCCGUUGAGUAUGUUAACAAUAUUAAUCGAGAAAGAAGCCAAAUUGAGCACAAGAGACAAAAACUCUCCUCGCAAAUAUCUAAACACCUGCAGCACGGAGCCAAGGCAGCAACAUUGAUGCAAGAGCUUCUAAACUCCGUCCAAGACGAGUCUGACGUCUUUAGCAGCAAAGCCAAGGAACAAGAGCAGCAGCUAAACACCUACACGAAAACCCUCAAUGCCUGUAGGCCCCACGUGGAAUACUUGGCAAGUCUUAUUCAGCAGACCCAGAAGCACCAGCAGCAACAGCAACAACAGCAGCAACAGCAACAGCCGCAGCAACAGCAACAACAGCAACACCAACAGCAACAGCAACAGCAACACCAAAAACUACAGCAACAGCAACAACUUACCACAACAGCAGCCACAUUCUUAGAUGGACCACUAGGGCCCCUCCUGCAGUUGCUAGAUAACUUCAUAACAUCAAAGGCAGCACAGCUACAGCAAAUAGUAAACCCCCCGGACCCAGCAGCAUCUCAAGAACAUCCUCUGCAGCCUAUUCUCCAGAAUCCCCAAGAUCCCUCCUUCCCUGAUGGCCUUGCAAGCCCUCAUGGCCUUGCCAGCCCUCAUGGCCUUGCGAGCCCUCAUGGCCCUGGUGUCACGCACAAUAUUGGAGGCCGUGGGAGCCCCUACGUGGGUGAAGAGGUGUGUGCUGGGGGAUACUCGAAGCCAGAAGGCCCCUCAUAUCUGGGGCGCAGCUCCGAAGUGGUCAUCAUGCGAACCAACAUAGAAAGCUUGCUGCUCCGGCCUCAUGAUGUUGCUGCUGCUAGAGGAGAGCACUGCUCUGCUAAACCACAAGACAGCGGCAGAACUGUCUUGUAUGGACAGCUGCGGCUGAAUGCAGCGGAGCCCACGUGGAAGAGAAGACAAAGAGCAGACAGCCAACUAACCCCUCAUAGCACCUACCAACAACAAGCUAAACAUUUCUCCAUAGACACUCCAGCAGCAGGUCAGACACACAAAGAGUACGAGACACUACACAGCAUUCUGCGACUACCCACGACGGCAGCAGCAGCCACAGCAGCAGCAGCAGCCACAGCAGCAGCCACGGCAGCAGCAGCAAUAGCGGCAGGAACAGCAGCAGCAGCCAUAACAGCAGCAGCAAAAACAGCGGCAACCGCAACAGCAGCAGCAGCAAAGUUGUUUUUGGGUAUGUGUCUUUGA